AUGGCGCCCAGCAGGCCCCGCGUGGCCACGCUCUCCUUUGGCCGCUUCCCAAAGAGGGGCUGCCUCAACUCAGCCGUCUUGGCCACGCUGUUGCUGAGAUGCCCAGCCGUGUCCCAUGGAAAGGUGCAGCCGCUGGGCGGGAAGGAGCGGCAGGUGCAGCGGAGCAGCACGGCGGUCAGCAGCAGUAUCUGUGAGUCUGUGCACAGCUGGGGUAUUUGUACAAUAAAAGCAACUUUCCACGCUUUGCAGAUUGAAGCACUUAUAAUGGAGAUGCAGAAUCCAGACACGGGCAUCAAGACACAGACUCAGAGGGUGAUGAUCACAAACAUCCCACAUGCCGUGGCAGGUAAUGAUAUAUUUCAGUGGAUUCUCCAGCGUUUACAGAUCACUAAUGAAGAGGCAUUGCACCUGGGGGACCUGUUUGUCAAAUAUGGCUACAUCUACCCUCUUCAGGAGCCAAAGAAUCUCACCCUCAGGACAGAUGGCAGCCUGUACAGGUUUCAAACCCCGUAUUUCUGGCCCGCACAGAGCUGGCCUGCUGAUGACACCGAUUAUGCAAUUUACCUAGCAAAGAAGAACAUUAAGAGGAAAGGGAUUUUAGAAGAAUAUGAAAAGGAACAUUACAACAUGCUCAAUAAAAAAAUAAACUACAAGUGGGAUUUUGUUGUUAUGCAGGCCAAAGAGCAGUAUAAGGCAGGAAAGGAGCGGAAGAAGGCGGACAGGUACGCUCUGGAUUGCCAGGAGAGAGCCUACUGGCUUGUGAACAGAACUCCUCCCGGCAUGCUGGAUGUCCUAGAAUAUGGAAUAGACCGUGUAACAGAUCCCAAUGAAGAUAAGGUAAACCAGGUGAGGAAGCAUUUCUUCACAUCUGUUGAAUCUGUUUGGGAGGAUCCAGGCAGUGUUGCUGGCACUGUGGUGUUUUUGGAGAAUGCAGGCAGAGCAAAUCAGCUCAGCCAUGACAGCCGAGCAGACCAGAAGCUGAAGCUGUGUCAUUGUCCACAGGGUGUGGAGCCCUCAAAAUAGCUUUGGCAGCUUCUU